GGGUGGCCAUCCUUUUUGACUGCAAUCUGGGGGAAUAGAGCUCUACCAUUGUCCCCAAUGAGCCCCAGGCCUAGCUACCUCCCCCAGACAGAGUUGGAGGCAAAUCCAUGCAGGCCGGAUUCCCACCAAAGCUGGCUCUCCUCCAGGCUUGCUGGGAUGAAAAACUAGCUACAGGUUCCCUUGGGAUUCGCCCCGGAGAGGGCAGUGCACAUAGUUUGAAACAGAACUGAAUGGACAGGUGUGGAUCUUAGGGAAGCAGCCACCAGGGGACAAGAAGCUGUCACCAGCCCCCAAGAGAGUCCUGGCAGCAUGGACUAUUUUGAUGAUGAGCCUCUUGAGUCUGAGACCAAAGAUGAGACAGAAACUGCGCCAACACUGCAGAACAGCGAUGACACCCUGUACUGCGAAGCUGAAGCCCCUGCCAGUGUUGAGAAAGAGAAAACCACCAGGGAGAACUCAGAAACCGACUUGGAAAUUGAAGACACAGAGAAAUUCCUCACCAUCGGACAGAAGGAACUGUACCUGGAGGCCUGCAAACUCGUGGGCGUAGUACCCGCCUCCUACUUCAUCCAGAACAUGGAGGAGUCCUGCAUGAACCUCAACCAUUAUGGGCUGGGCCCCAAGGGUACCAAGGCCAUUGCUAUAACUCUGGUGUCCAACACAACGAUCCUCAAACUGGAGCUGGAAGACAACUCCAUCAUGGAGGAGGGCGUCUUGAGUCUGAUGGAGAUGCUUCACGAGAAUUACUACCUCCAGGAGCUGAACAUGUCUGACAAUGACCUUGGUUUGGAGGGAGCCAGGAUCAUCUCAGACUUCCUCCAGGAAAACAAUUCUUCACUCUGGAAACUGAAACUUUCAGGAAACAACUUCAAGGAGGAAUCUGCUGCGCUUUUAUGCCAAGCCCUGUCGUCCAAUUACCGAAUUAGGUCACUGAACCUCAGCCACAACCAGUUCUCUGACGUAGGAGGGGAGCAUCUGGGACAGAUGCUAGCCCUCAAUGUCGGGCUCCAGUCGCUGAACCUAAGCUGGAAUCACUUCCACAUUCGGGCAGCUGUGGCCCUGUGUAACGGUCUCCGGUGCUGUUCCCCUCCCCUGGAGUCUAACGUGACCCUGAAGAAACUGGACGUGUCCAUGAAUGGCUUUGGGAAUGAAGGCGCUCUGGCCCUGGGGGAUGUCCUCAGACUCAACAGCUGCCUGGUCUACAUAGACAUCAGCAGAAACGGCAUCACCAAUGAGGGAGCCUCCAGAAUCAGCAAGGGACUAGAAGUCAACGAGAGCCUCCAAGUGCUGAAGCUUUUCCUGAACCCUAUGAGUAUGGAGGGGGCAGUUUUUCUCAUCAUGUCCAUCAAGAGGAACCCCAAAUCCAGGAUGGAAGAGCUUGACAUUUCUAACGUUCUGGUAACAGAGCAAUUUGUAAAAGUCCUGGAUGGGGUCUGUGCCGUUCACCCACAGCUGGAUGUGCUAUACAAGGGAUUGCAGGGUCUCUCCAGCAAGAAAACCGCCUCUCUGUGGACCAACCCCAUGAAACUGAUCCAGAACUACACAGACCAACAGAAGAUCCCAGCUGUGGAGUUCUUCAAGAGCUUGAAUCCAUCGGGAUCAAUGAUAAUGCCUGUGGGGGACUUUCGGAAAGCCAUGAUACAGCAAAACAAGGUCCCCAUCAACCGGUACCAGGUCAGGGAGCUCCUAAAGAAGCUGGGUGAGAAGAAGGGUAUGGUGGACUUCAGCUCCCUUAUAUAGCAAGACUCGAGCAAGACACUGGGACCGGUGCCUGAGGAACGCCAGCCCACGUGACAGAGGGACAAUGUUCAGGCCUCCAAGGCUGAUUUCUAGGAAUGAUGGAGAUUCUAGACAGCUAGAAUCUACCCCGAUCACCAGUUCCAUCCCUCUAGGUCACCCCUUGACCCUGACACUCCACUCUAAUUCUUAGAGUGCCAAAACCCUUGGAAUUUCCUGAGAAGAAAUGUCUUUGUCGUGGUAAUGGAUGAGUCACACAACUCUCAGAUGGCUUUGGGAUGGGAGCUGAUCACCAAAAAGACCAAGACUACAGCUGGGCCUUCCAAUCCAGACUCAGGUGUCCUGCUCCCAGGAGGGUAGCUUGAAGGCGCCUGUCUGAGACAGAAGCCCACAGGAACUGGCCUCAUCCCUGAGUCCUGCUGAGACGGCACCUCUCCGUGUUGUGUUCUACUUUGCCCAGCAGGCGGCGCUCUGACCUUACAAGUCCUCCAUUUGGGCUAAGAUUUACCCAGUUCUUUGAAACCUGGUAAUGGGAAAAAGGGAAAAGAAAACAGAACCCCCGCUUGCUCAAGAAAAUCAGAUUCCUAUUGGCUAUAAAGAAAAAAAAUGAAGAAAAGAGUGA